GUAUAAACAAAAGAGAAGACAAUGCAAAGCUUGUAGGCACCAAAUUAAUGAUUCACUUAGACAAGCUCGUGCUCAUUUUAAAAAAUGUACUGAAGUAACAUUAAUACAAAAACAAAAUUAUUUUGGAAAUUCAUAUGAAGAAAGUGACUGUGAGACAUCUAUAAGUACAGCUACUUCAACAUCAUCAGUAGCUAUUGAUUUUGUUUCAAGAAGAGAGCAAGAAUCUCUUGAAUUGGCAUUCGCAAAAUCUGUAUUUCGCUAUGGUCUUUUUUUGUCACUAUCUGAGAUGGAACCAAUUAAAGAUUUGUGGCAUCAAGCAAAACCAACCUUUAAACUUCCUAGUCGAAAAAAACUUUCGACAAAAUUAUUAGAUCAUGUUUUUGAUGAAACCAAACAUGAUGUUGAAACUUUAAUUAAUAAAAGUAUAAACAUGUGUCUUAUAUCUGAUGGGUGGUCUGACUUAAUACAACAACAUUGGACCAACUAUAUUUUAACAACUCCUAAACCAGUUUUUUUUACUGCACAUCCAAUUGGUGAAAUGCAACAAAAUGCUGAAACAAUUGCUAAAGACAUAGAGAAAAUAAUUUCUGAAGUUGUUAAAACAAGAUGGGGAUCUUCUGCAACAUGUCUAAAUUCAGUUUUACUAAAUCAACUUGUACUCAAGUUGACUAUUACAGAACUAGCACACAAUAAACAAGAAAAAAUACCUGAAUCAAUUAAAAAAAAUAUUAAUGAUGAGUAUCAUGAACUAUUAGAAUCAGAUGAAAUAAAUAAUCAAAUUAAAAAUAUAUUAGAAUGUAGAUGGAAAAAAAUAUAUCACCCAGUCAUAGUAGUCGUACAUCUUUUGGAUCCAAAAUUUCAUGGAAGUAUAUUCAAUCUACAAUUAGCAUGGAAUACAGUUAAAAAUACUAGCCCUAUUGCUUGGUGGAAAGGAAAUUUUGAAAUCUCAGCACCUGAAUUAUGUCAAGUUGCUAUUAGAAUUCUUUUUAUUCCUUCAUCAUCAGCAGCUUCAAAACGUAAUUGGUCAGCUUUCUCAUAUAUUCAAGAAAAAAAAAGAGCUCAAUUAGUUAAUGAACGGCUAUUAAAAUUGGUAUACAUAUAUAUAGAUAUUACACUAUUAUAUCUAACGGAUAAUGAUUCAAAUGACUCAUACAAAGAAAUAUUAGUAGAAAAUACAAGUGAGGAAUUGUUUGAAAAUUAUUUAGAUAUCGAAGAAACUGAUAGUGAAAUGGAUAAUGAUGUAGAGAGUCAGAAGAAAGAAGCAGAUGUAAUUUUAACUGUAGACACUAAGAUUUUACAAUAUUACCAACGAUAUAAUAAUGAACAUUCUGAAGCUUCUGAUAAAGAAAUAAGAAGCUUCAGCUUCCUGAAUUUUAUCUCACAAUAUGUGCUAGAGCAUACUGAAGAUUCCUAUGAAGAUGUAGUAAAAGUAUUUCAAGAAUCACAAGGUAAGCAAACAAUAUGA